AUGAAAGGGAAUCCUCACACUGAAGCCCUGCUGGAAAGGAUAUUGCACCGAGAAGGCAGCUGCAGUAGCAAGAUGCUAUCAAGACCAAAGCCAGGGGAGUCUGAGGUGGACCUGCUACGCUUCCAGAGUCAGUUUCUUGCAGCUGGUACAGCCCCAGCGGUGUGCUUGGUCAAGAAAGGAAGUAGGAGAGGUGGCGAAGCUAACCUGGACCAGCCACCACAGCAGGAUCAUCGGGAUGUGGUGAUGUUGGACAGUCUCCCAGAUUUGCCCCCAGCUUUGGUACCUGUUCCCCCAAAAAGAGCCAGGCCCAGCCCUGGCCACCCCCCGCCACAGGAUGAGGAUGCUGAAGAGAGGUUGAACAGGCAUGAUGAGCACAUCACUGCUGUCUUGACUAAGAUUAUUGAACGAGAUACAAGUUCAAUGGCUGUGAAACUGCCUGUGUCCAGUGGUGUUGCAUUCCCCCCUGUUUUCCAUCGCUCACAGGAGAGACAGGGGAAGCCAGCAAUAUCUGGUAAGAGAAGCAUCUUUGCCCAAGAGAUCACAGCAAGGAGAGUGUCUGAAGCCAGAGUCACACCAGCUGGGGAAGUUAUGUCUACCUUGGACCCACCAGAGGGUGCUAUGACGUGUGAGGGACAUACUCCUAGGGACCAGGGCUGCCAGCUUCUGGAGAGCAGCCACAGCUUCCAGGGACCCCAUCUGGUCACAGGGAAGGGGCUCAUGGGCAAGGAGGCCGAGCAGGAAGCCCAGACCAUCCAUGAGGAGAAUGUAGCAAGACUGCAAGCCAUGACUCCUGAGGAGAUCCUGCAGGAACAGCAACACUUACUGUCUCAGCUUGAUCCCACCUUGGUUGCCUUCUUGAGAUCUCAUAGCCACACCCAUGAGCAAGCAGGAGAGAAGGCCACCGAGGGGCAGAGGCCACAGGGACCUUCUACUGAGGUCAUCAAGGAGGAGCCCAUCAUGCCAAUUUCUGCCAGUGAGCCUGGGAAGAAAGAUGAGCUGGAGCCAGGAACCCCAGCUCCAGCACUGCCCAUAACCCCCCACAAAGAAUGGCUGCACAUGGACACUGUUGAGCUGGAGAAGCUCCAUUGGACCCAAGACCUACCUCCACUCCGGCAACAGCAGAUGCAGGAGAGGAUGCAGGCCCGAUUUAGUCUUCAGGGAGAGUUACUGGCCCCCGAUGUGGACCUGCCUACCCACCUGGGUCUACACCACCAUGGAGAGGAGGCAGAGAGAGCAGGGUACUCCCUCCAGGAGCUGUUCCACCUGACCCGCAGCCAGGUUUCCCAACAGAGAGCACUAGCACUGCAAGUGUUGGCCCAGGUCAUCAGCAGGGCCCAGGCUGGUGAGUUCGGUGGCCAGCUGGUGGGCAGCGUCUUGCGCCUCCUUUUGGAUGCUGGUUUCCUCUUCUUGCUACGCUUCUCCCUGGAUGACAGAGUGGAUGGGGUCAUUGCAGCUGCUACCCAGGCUCUUCGGGCUCUGCUGGUGGCUCCUGGAGAUGAGGAGCUCCUAGACAGCACCUUCUCCUGGUACCAUGGAGCGUCGGUAUUCCCUCUGAUUCCCAGCCAGGAGGACAAAGAGGACGAGGAUGAGGAUGAAGAGCCUCCAGCAGAAAAGGCGAAAAGGAAGAACCCUGAGGAAGGAAGCCAGCCCCCACCUGACCUGGCCCGACAUGAUGUCAUCAAGGGGCUACUGGCCACCAACUUGUUGCCUCGGCUACGCUACAUACUGGAAGUGAUCUGCCCGGGACCUAUAGUCGUCCUUGACAUCCUAGCUGUGCUUAUCCGCCUGGCCCGUCAUUCCCUAGAGUCAGCCACAAGGGUCCUGGAGUGCCCUCGGCUGAUAGAGACCAUCGUUCGUGAGUUCUUGCCUACCAGCUGGGCCCCCGUGGGGGCAGGACCUAUCCUCAGUCUACACAAAGUGCCCUGUGCUACGGCCAUGAAACUAUUUCGUGUCCUGGCCUCGGCUGGUAGGAAUAUUGCUGCCCGGCUGUUGAGCAAUUUUGACCUUCGGAGCCGCCUAUGCCGCUUCAUAGCUGAGGCUCCUCAGGACCUGGCCUUGCCCCCAGAGGAAGCUGAGACACUGAGCACUGAGGCCUUCCGUCUGUGGGCUGUAGCUGCCUCCUAUGGCCACGGCAGUGACCUUUACAGGGAGCUAUAUCCAGUGCUGGUGCUGGCCCUGCAAGCUGUGCCACAGUCACUCGGCACCCAGCUCCCUCAACCCCUGGCCAUGCAGCGGAUAGCCUCACUGCUCACUCUCCUUACCCAGCUGACCCUGGCAGCCAGCAGCACUGCCCAUGAGCCCAUCAGUGACUCUGCUGAGGCCAGCCUGUCGGGCAUCCCUUCCUUGAUCACUUGGACACAGGUAUCCGGGCUCCGGCCUCUUGUGGAACUAUGUCUAAGACAGACCUUGAAGUUGCUGCCCAAGCUUGAAGUGUGGAAUGCUCUGGGCCCAGUGCCCACUGCGUGCCUACUGUUCCUAGGUGCCUAUUACCAGGCCUGGAGCCAGCAACCCAGUUUGUGCCCAGGGGAUUGGCUUCAGGAUAUGGAGUGCCUGUCGGAGGAGCUGCUGCUGCCCCUGCUGAGUCAGCCCAUUCUGGGCAGCCUAUGUGAUUCCCUUAGACACUGCUCCCCUCUCUGCAACCCACUGUCCUGUGCUCCGGCGCCAGAAGCUCUCCCCAGCCUUGUGUCCCUGGGCUGUGCAGGAGGCUGCCCCCAUCUCAGCCUGGCUGGUUCAGCUUCACCCUUCCCAUUCCUCACUGCCCUCCUCUCUCUCUGCAACAUCCUGUCACGGAUCCAUAAGGGGCUUUGUAGCCAGCUGGCUGCCAUAUUGAAUACUGCGGGACUCCAGAACUACUUCCUCCAGUGCACGGCUCCUGUGGCUGCUCCACACCUCACACCCUUCUCAGCGUGGGCCCUGCGGCAUGAGUACCACCUGCAGUACCUGGCACUCUCCCUGGCUCAGAGAGCAGCAGCACUCCAACCAGUGCCAGCCACCAAUGCUACCCUCCAUCAUGGUGUGGCCUUGGCCUUGCUGAGCCGGCUGCUGCCCGGAAGUGAGUACCUUAUCCAUGAGCUGCUGCUGAGCUGUGUAUUCCGGCCAGAGUUCCUCCCGGAAAGAGUGUCAGGGGGUCCGGAGGCAGCUGACUUUUCAGACCAGUUGUGCCUAGGGAGCCAUGUGGACCCUGGACAUGGACGAGGGGCUCUGCUAGCUCAGGCCUGCCAGGACCUCCCAAGCAUCCGCAGCUACUACUUGACCCACUGUUCACCAGCCCGAGCCAGCCUGCUGGCCUCUCAGGCCUUGUACCGAGGGGAACUACAGCGACUCCCAGCCUUGCUGUUGCCUGUGCCCAAAGAGCUGCUAUUGCCCACUGACUGGCCCUUCCUGCCAUUGAUCCAUCUCUAUCACCAGGCCUUAGACAGCUGCUCAGGGCUGCCUCCUACUGACACUGUGGGCACAGCCAUGCGGGCCCUGCAGUGGGUACUAGUCCUGGAGAGCUGGCGCCCCCAGGCCCUCUGGGCAGUGCCUCCUGCCGCCCUCCUGGCACGGCUCAUGUGUGUGUUCCUGGUGGACAGUGAGCUAUUCCGAGAGACACCAAUACAGCAUCUGGUGGCAGCCCUUCUAGCCCGGCUCUGCCAGCCCCAGGUCCUGCCAAACCUCAACCUGGACUGCCCGCUUCCUGGCCUGACAUCUUUCCCUGACCUCUAUGCCAGCUUCCUGGAGCAUUUUGAGGCUGUCUCUUUUGGAGAUCACCUCUUUGGGGCUCUGGUCCUCCUUCCUCUGCAGCGUCGGUUCAGUGUGACCUUGCGCCUCACCCUCUUUGGGGAACAUAUGGGAGCCUUGCGAGCUCUGGGACUACCUCUGACUCGGUUGCCGGUGUCCCUUGAAUGCUACACGGGGCCUCCAGAAGACAACCUGGCCCUCCUUCAGCUCUACUUCCGGGCUCUGGUUACUGGUGCACUCUGCUCACGCUGGUGCCCCGUGCUCUAUGUUGUGGCUGUAGCCCAUGUGAACAGCUUCAUCUUUUCCCAGGAUCCAAAGAGCUCAGAUGAGAUGAAGGCUGUUCGCAGGAGCAUGCUGCAGAAAACUUGGCUACUGGGAGAUGAGGGUCUUCGGCACCACAUCCUCUACUAUAGGCUUCCCAAUUCAGCCCUCCCAGAGGGCUUUGAGCUGUAUCCUCAGUUGCCCCCUCUACGUCAGCAGCAUCUCCAGAGACUUACCUCAGGAGUGGUCCAAACUGGAGUGUCAGAAACCUAG